AUGGGCAAGUUCAUGAAACCCAGGAAAGUGGUGCUUGUCCUGGCUGGAUGCUACUCCGGACACAAAGCCAUCAUUGUAAAGAACAUUGAUAAUGGCACCUCAGACCGCCCUUACAGCAAUUCCCUGGUGGCUGGAAUUGACUACUAUCCCCGAAAGGUAACAGCUGCCAUGGGCAAGAAGAAAUUUGCCAAGAGAUCCAAGAUCAAGUUCUUUGUGAAGGUUUAUAACUACAACCACCUGAUGCCCACAAGGUACUCUGUGGACAUAAUCCUGGACAAAACUGUUGUCAAAAAGGAUGUCUUUAGGGACCCAACCCUGAAACACAAGGCAAGGAGGGAAGCCAAAGUCAAAGUUGAGGAAGGAUACAAGACAGGGAAGAACAAAUGGUUUUUCCAGAAGCUUCGCUUUUAG